AUGGCUUCCCAGGCAAGUGCAUCGCCGUUAGGACAGUGGAGUACCUUGGUGUGUCUUCUUCCGGUUGUGUUUAGCGGUGUGCAGUGUUUCGAUCAUUUGUCGCCCGGAAACGAGCUGCUGCUACCUGAGUUUGAGUUCGGGCACGAGUUUCGGCACGACAUUGAACGUGAUCUUCUGCCGCUUGAUGAACGAUCUUACUACUAUCAUGGCGAACCCGACGAAGGGCACGCGUUCCAGACCGAUUACAAUCUCGCGAAUCUGCGACCAAUUUCCCCGACACCGGCAUUCACGCUCGAUCCGUCAUACAUAUCGCCGGAAGAUGUUAUACCGGCGCGGGCCAAACGUGCUCCAAUGCGGCUGCUGCGAAGAAAACCAUCGAAACAACGCAAACGUGAACAGGACAAGGAACUGCUCUCCGAGGAAUACGGGGAUGGGGAUGAGGAGGACGUGGAGAAGAAUGAAAAACACGUCGACUCCGGCGAGGCUUCCGACGAUGUGGAAGAUUAUGCCGAACGGUACGAGCAGUUCAUCGCGAAACACUUUGACGAUUUGGACGCCAAGCGCAAGAAGUCGGCCCCACAGCGUAAGGCACCGGCGAAGAAACCGACCGAGGGGGAUGAUGCCGCAGAUGAGGAGGAGGAAGAGGACGGUGACUACAAGUUCGACCGGUUCGACUACUCCUCCUCGGAGGAUUACGAGCGCAUAAAGGCUGAAUCCGAAGAGCAAAGCAGACGGUUGGCGAAGGAUCCCAAAAACUGUCGCACGUACGAGAAGGACGGUAUGGUGUGUAGCGUCUGUCACGAUCCGGCCAGUGACAGUGCGUCGGAGAGCUGUGCCUAUGCAACAGAGCCACAUCACCGCAAGUACGCGUACGUUAAGGAACGAAACUACGACAGCAAAAAGGAUGACCCGAACCGGGCAAAGGUGGCCCAGGCUGAUGAGAAUGAAGCAGACGACGAGGAUGAAGCGGAACGGGAACACACGAGUGCCGAAAUACGCCCCGAACGGCAUACGGAUGUGGCCAUCGAGGGCUUACAUCCCACGCUGGCUCCGAAGCGCACUCCAACACGUCCGCUUCGUAAGCCAGCACUCCGCACGAAACCUCACCAGUCGGCUACCAAUGGCGGCGGAUAUCGGUACCAGCCGAUAGAUCUUCGUUCGAACCGUGCCAGCAUGAAGCUGAAGGCCGCGGACAGCGAGAACAUCUCCACGGCCACGGACGGCCAAGACGACGGUAACAUCUACGUGAUGGAUUACGCCGACCAAGACGAGGUGGCGAAGGUGCUGGCCGACUUUAAAACACGCGAUUGGUCCAACUGCCGCAAAGGUAAGCGGAUGGAGGACGGCGAUCUGACCUGCUACCAGUGCACGGAUGCGGCCGGUGUUAACCACGAGGAGUGUAUGUACGUUUCAGAGUCCCGGCUGACCGCGUCCGAGAUCGUACGGCCACCCCCUUCGAUGGUCGGCAAGCUGCGCAAACGGAAGAAGGUGGUGGCGCUGACACGAAAAGAGCUGGCCGCACUAGAGCCACCGGCAAGUGCCAUCGGGGGAUUGCCAGCGAAGGAGAAACAAACCGUCAAGCGGACGGUUUCGUUCCGCAGCUUCAUUACCGGUUCCGGGCGAGGUCACUCCAAGGCAACGCCCGUGUCGUUCGGUUCGGAUGGCGAUGAAAGGGUGAUUCACUACGAGCAUCACAUUUCCCACGAAGUCCCAUAA